AUGUCUGAUUCGCUAUAUCGACUAACUCCGGAUAUCAAAAUGGCGUUCGAGUCACUAUCAAUCAAGAGCCCACAUUUAUCUUCCGGGGCUGUGAGCGCCAUCGUUACACAUAAUUUCCUCCGCGACACCUUCACAAUCCAAACCUGGCUGCUUAUCGGCGCCGCUCUCCAAUCCCUAUUAACAAUCCUACUACCACUUCCCUAUGCCAUCUUACCCGCAAUCUGUCUCUUAUCAUGGCGCGCCAUGCAUACCGUUCUUAUGGCAUUCGGCUAUAUCAGAAAUACCAAUAUGGAUGAUGUGGUGUGGGGGAAGUUCUCCGCGCAGGUUCCGGGGAGGGACGGGAUGUUGCCGGAGAAGGGGGCGGCGGAGGAUGUUACGGUUAUUAUGUUGGGGGCGAGAUCGAAUCAUCCGCUUGGCAUCUUCGGCCCCGGGUAUCAACAGGUAGGAGACUUCAUGAACAAAAUGCUAGCCCAGCUAGAAGGGAACGCAGAGGAAUAUGGCUUCCUCGGCUCCACGACGUACCUCGAAGCCACCGCACGCAAAACCAGCAACCAAUCCAUAAUACUAUGCUACUUCCGGUCGAUUGAAGAAAUGCACCGCUACGCGCAUAGUCCUCUGCAUAGAGAGGCGUGGAAUUGGUGGAAUAGUAUCACCAGGACGCAUCCGCAUUUGAGUAUCUCACAUGAGGUGUAUCAUGCGCCGAAGGGGUGCUGGGAGAAUAUUUAUGUUAAUUAUCAUUUGACUGGGAUUGCGAAUAUGAGAAUCGAUGUUAAAGGUUCUGAGGGAGGGGUGAGACCGAUUGUAGAUGCGAGUAGGGGAGGCCUGAGGACGCAGACGGGGAGAUUGGCGAAAAGUGAUGGGGCGGAUAAUGAGAAGUAUGGGGUUGAUCCUUAUUAG